UCCAGAAAUCCAAAUCUUAGAAAACACAAACUAGUAAAGAAAAAAAUACAAGACUGUACAGAAAAUAGAGUAUAUAGAAAUAAUAGGAAUAGGAACAAAAAAUCCCCCAACUCCAAAGAAGAAGAAGGAGGAGUUGUUUGUACCUUGGAUCUCCAGCCAUGAUUCAUUUUGUUCUGCUCAUUAGCCGACAGGGAAAGGUGAGGCUAACCAAGUGGUAUUCACCAUAUUCACAAAAAGAGAGAACCAAGGUAAUCCGUGAAUUAAGUGGUAUGAUUCUCACUCGAGGACCGAAGCUUUGCAAUUUUGUCGAGUGGAGAGGAUACAAAGUCGUUUAUAAAAGAUAUGCAAGCCUGUAUUUCUGUAUGUGCAUAGACCAAGAGGACAAUGAGUUGGAGGUCCUGGAAAUCAUACACCAUUUUGUUGAGAUUCUGGACCGAUACUUUGGAAGUGUAUGUGAGCUAGACUUAAUUUUCAAUUUUCACAAGGCAUACUAUAUAUUGGACGAACUUGUGAUUGCUGGUGAACUCCAAGAAUCAAGCAAGAAAACAGUUGCACGUCUAAUUGCUGCACAGGAUUCUUUGGUUGAGGCUGCCAAAGAAGAGGCAAGUUCUCUUAGUAACAUCAUUGCACAGGCUACUAAAUGAGAGUAUGCAGGCAGCGUUCAAGUGUUUUGAGUGCAUUUAUGUUUUUCAGCUGUAAUCCAAACAUUAUUUCUUCUUUCAAUGUUUUCGUUUAACUUUGUAGUUAUAAAUAGGAAUUUCUUUGUAGUAAUGAGUUUUCUUCUCAACCUAAGCGUGGUGUUUACUUCACUCUGUUGCCUAAAAACUGCUGGUCAUAUAUAUAGUACUUGUUCCUCUGGUGGAGCUAGCUUAUAACG